AAUAAUCUUUUUCUCUCUCUCUCCCUCUCUCUGAACUUGUUCUCUCUCUAAACCAAUUGACGAAUGAUGGGGGAAGGAAUGGUGUAGCGGGUGGAGCUUUACGCCAAUCCCAUUUACGCUUCCACCCAACCCCCUAUCAUUUUCUUCUUCUUCCCACUUCUCUCCCUUUUCACCUCUCUCUCUCUCUCUCUCUCUCUCUCUCUUCACAUUGCAGUUACUCUUUACGUCUGUUUCUCUUUCUUCAUCUACAUUUUGUGUGAUACAUAUCUACACAACUCGGUCGCUGUUGCUCCUGAGAACAUCCAGAACAAAACCCUGAAACUCCUGCCAAUUGAUUUCACUCCAAAGAUCAGGAUUUCAAGAGGUAAACUGAAAUGGGUAAUAUCGGAAGUAGUAGUGUAAACGGUCGCCGGAGGCAUGGAAGCCGGCGGAGCCACCCUCCACCACCGCCACCACAACAGCCUCAACCCGAAAUUUCGGCAAAUCGAUAUGUAUUCGCUGCGGCAACACCUUAUCCUGCUCAAUACCCAAAUCCUAACUCUCAUCCUUACUACCAUUACCCUGGUUACUACCCACAUCCACCGCCUGCGAUGCCGGUGCCACUGCCACUGCCUGCUCCAUAUGAUCACCACCACCGUCCUCCACCCCACAUGUACCCUUGUCGCCCCUUGAUGCCUCCCCCACCACCCUAUGUUGAGCAUCAGAAGGCAGUGACCAUUCGAAAUGAUGUUAAUCUCAAGAAGGAAACUUUGAGGAUCGAGCUGGAUGAGCAAAACCCGGGACAGUUUCUUGUUGCUUUCACAUUUGACGCCACCCUCGCUGGAAGCAUUACAGUUAUUUUCUUUGCGAAAGAGGGUGACAAUUGUAGCCUGACUCCGAUGAAGGAAGAUAUGCUUGCACCAGUGACAGUGCAUUUCGAACAAGGUUUAGGCCAGAAGUUCAGACAACCCUCUGGAACUGGGAUAGACUUCUCAAUGUUCGAGGAGACAGAGUUACUGAAAGAGGGUGACAUGGAAGUUUUUCCUCUGGCAGUGAAGGCAGAGGCAACCCCAGUUAGUGAGAAUGGAUCAGCAGAUGGAAACGCGGAGUCUGGAACCACAAACUCUCAAAUAACUAAGGCAGUGUUUGAGAUGGAGAAAGGUGAAUACCAGGUGAGGGUGGUGAAGCAGAUCUUAUGGGUGAAUGGGAUGCGGUAUGAGUUGCAGGAGAUAUAUGGGAUUGGGAAUUCAGUAGAUGAUGACUUUGAUGGGAAUGAUCCUGGCAAAGAAUGCGUUAUCUGCCUAUCAGAACCUCGGGACACAACUGUCCUUCCUUGCCGACACAUGUGUAUGUGCAGUGAGUGUGCAAAGGUUUUGAGGUUUCAAACGAACCGGUGCCCUAUUUGCCGACAACCAGUAGAGAGGCUUUUGGAGAUCAGGGUCAGUAAUGGACCUGACGAUUGAAGAGAGAAUAGAUUUGUUGCUGCUGGCGCCCUGUAAAGAUCUUUGUUAUUUUCUUCUCUCUCCCUCCCUCUCAUACAUUUUUUCCUUCGCCCAAAUUUUCGAGUUGGCAAUAAUCAGACAGGAAAUCAUAAUUGGUAUGCAGUUUGCCUUGAAUAUCAAAUGCUAGGCCUUUUAAGGGAGUUCAUUGGGCCAUGGGCAUGGCAAGCCAAUGCAUUCUGUAUGCUUUGUGCCCUUGCUCAGUGACAGUUCUUCCAAGUUAUCGCUAUUUGAUGUAACAUACAUAUAUAUAUAUAUAACAUGCUUGGUUUUGGUUUGAUGAUUAACAAA